AUGAGGCCGAAUCAGGAGCGGACGAUACAAGCAACAAUCGUGUUCGUGAAGUUCGGCUCAACUCCGCCCCUGGUCAAACCAAGUGCUCGAUUUGCCAUAGCACUUUUCGAAGACCUGAGCAUCUCAAGCGUCAUUUUCGAAGCCACACCAAGGAGAAACCCUUCGAAUGUGCGCAGUGUGGACGUCAUUUCUCAAGAACAAUGCCAGUAUCCAACGGAACGACGCUCCAAAGCCAAAACGCGGAAGGAAGUGGUCCAGAACCUGUCUUCUGAUGGAAACAGUACGAUUUACGGGCAAGCUACUCAGCAUGAGUCCCCUUCUUCAACAGCAGGUGUUGAUGUCCACGGAGCGGAUAUCAGAGAGCAGUCAAGAAAUGAGCCUCCGAGAUUUCAAAUUACCGAAUUUCAACUAGAUCUCACGGGCUCACAUCGUAUGGAUACAUCAUCGAAGGACACGCCUGCAGAGGGGCUGCACGGACCUCCUCAUGGGGAAUCGUCAGAGCAUCAGAAUGGUCCACCAGUAAACGAGCCGGGUGAUUUGAACUCUCGAAUGCUCUUGUCAGAUCCUGGUGGUUCGCACGACACACGUGUAUCGUUGUCUGGGUAUGAUGAUUUGAGCUCGCAGCAAUUGUAUUCACAAUUGCCAGCAGCUAGCGCUCAGACGUUUCGACAAGAAUCGACUUCACAACUCGACCAUCGGUCGAGAAACAUCCAGCAACCAGGAGCAGCCACAUCCAAUCUCAACCUGGAAUUGACGGGAGUUGGAGGCCAGCAAAUUCAACUCGGGUUCGAUCCGCCGUUUUUAGAUCAAUCAAUGCUUUCUACCUUGAAUUGGCUGCCUAAUGAUAUGUUCCCCGAUACAACGAGCGAUCAUUCUCUGUCGAGGCUUCCUCCGCUCUCGGACCAGCUGAGUAUCCUGGACGAGCCGGUGAGUCGAACAGCAUGGCUACCUCCUGUCACCAGCAUGCGGCAGGUGAGUCCGUCUGCGCGAGAAAAUCACUCACACACCCCUUCCGGGCACAUGUCUUUGGACACGGAUGCGGAGAGUCCGGGCCGAUUUUCCCGCAGCAUUGGGGAAGGUUCGUUACACUCGGAGCCCUCAAACGCCACCAAGCGGUCGGCAGAUUUCUACGUGGACGGCGCUGGAGCUCGACUACCAAAGUACAGACGGAACAGAACUUCGUGGUCAAGAUCGUCUGCAGAGCCUAUUGAGAUUCUGUCACCCUUGCAUCAGCAUGAUACGCUACAUCAAUUCUCGUUUCCACUGAUUCAGGAGGUGAGGGCAGACUUCAUUUCGGAUGAGGAAGCGGUCUUCAAUCGUCAGAUCGAAGCUCCGACCUAUGAUAAAAUCUACCACUCGUUCCUCCAGUUAUGCCACACGGACAACCCUCUCUAUCCCAAAUUCGAGACUGGUAACUUUCCCAGUGCGGAUGCUCUUUCAAGCUUCGUACAUCUUUACUUCGACUCAUUCCAGCCCGUGUAUCCCAUGUUCCAUUCCCCUACAUUCAAUCCAAACAGCUGUCAUUGGCUUGUGACACUGGCUAUAUCAGCAGUCGGCUGUCGUUUCUCUGGUCUCGCCGCUCUUGAUGAGUGUACUACAGCGUUUGACGAAUUCCUUCGGCGGGCUAUCAAUAUUGAGGCUAUGACGCUCAACUGCAUCGGGCUGGUACACAGUAGUAGUAACGAGCAAAGUAAAGUGUCUACACUCAAUGCUUUCAGCGACCUUGUCAAUUUCACCAUUCAAGAGAGAUUGCUCUGCGCCGCAAGCAAGUCAACAGCCCAGUAUGGUGAUCUUCCGCUGGAACAAAAGUGGCAUGACUGGAUUCAAGAUGAAAUACGGAGACGGACCGGGUAUCUGAUAUGGCUACUUGAUUGUUCCCUCGCGUACCACUUUGAUCACCGGCCUUUGCUGUCUUUGGACGACGGGCAGUGUUCAUUACCGUCUCAUGAGAAUCUCUGGCAGUCUCACUCGGCCGAACCCUGGCGGAAUGUCCUCGAGAGAACUUCUGGUUCGAGAGAUAUCUCUCUUUACAAUGCGGUGCUCACAAUCUAUGUCGAGAAGAAGCUCGUCCCAGAGAUCGGAGAAUUCAGCCAUGUCCUUCUUAUUCACGCUCUCUAUCAUCGAAUGUGGGAGGUCGGUGACUAUUUUCGCCGUCCCUUAUCGUUCUGGAAUCCGACUGCAAAGAAGCAGUCCCUUGAUACCGCUAUCCCAUCGGGGUCUGUCUGGCUACCAGGCAUUCCAUCGUACUCGAAAUGGCGCAACAGCGCGUGUGAUUGCUUGGAUAUUUUGCAUUGGACGGCAAACAGCACUAUCGCCAAAGCAGCAGGACUUGAACAUCCUACCGUGCUACACCUCCAUGCUGCGCGAAUUGUCCUCCUCGCCCCAUUCCGUGAAAUUCGUUCUCUGGCGACCUCAUUGGCAACGGGCAAGAUUCGCUGGAGCGAGCAUCAACAAGCCCUUGAGUGGCAUUACAUAUUACGCUGGAUCAAACACGACCAGUACAAAGCUCGUCUUGCGAUCAUACAUGCAGGCACAACCUUGUGGCACUACUCACUUUAUGGGCGUAUGGCUCAUGUCAUGUUCAAAUAUCCCAAGAUCCCAACUCAAGAUAUGGACCACGGCAUCAUCCAGUCCGCGAACCAACAUUCAUCCACCUAG